GCCAAGCGGAGAAGAAGCGCCUCUUCCUCUCCAUGGUCCGUGCCUCAAUAUCCACUUGCCCUCUCGGGCUCUCGCACACACCCUCGCUCACCAUGGCGGCGCUGUGCUCCGCCUCCCCGGCCAUCUCCACGGUGGCGUCUCUCGGACUUCCCGCGGGCCGGGUCGCCUCCCUCCUCCGCCUGCGCGCCGCCUCGCGUUCCUACUCCGCCGCCGCAGCACCACGGGCUGCUACUGCGGGGGCGCCGUCGUGGCGAGCGCGCCGGAGAUUCGCGGCGUCGGCGGCUUCCACGACAGAGGAGUGUUCUGGAGUAGAUACGAUGAUCACACCCGACAAUCGCAUCCCCGCCACCAUCAUCACCGGCUUCCUAGGUUCCGGCAAGACAACUUUACUGAAUCACAUCUUGACUGCUCACCAUGGAAAGCGAAUUGCUGUUAUAGAAAAUGAGUUUGGAGAAGUAGACAUCGAUGGGUCACUAGUUGCUGCACAAACUGCUGGAGCUGAGGACAUAAUGAUGCUAAAUAAUGGCUGCCUUUGCUGCACUGUGCGUGGUGAUUUAGUCCGUAUGAUUGGUGAAUUGGUCAACAAGAAGAAGGGGAAGUUUGAUCAUAUUGUUAUUGAGACGACAGGUUUGGCUAAUCCAGCGCCAAUUAUACAGACAUUCUAUGCAGAGGAUGUAGUUUUUAAUGAUGUCAAGCUGGAUGGUGUGGUAACUUUAGUUGAUGCAAAGCAUGCUAGAUUGCAUUUGGAUGAAGUAAAGCCCAAGGGUAUAGUCAAUGAAGCAGUUCAGCAAAUUGCCUAUGCUGACAGGAUUAUAGUUAACAAGAUUGAUCUUGUAAAUGAACCUGAAGUUUCUUCCUUGGUUGAGCGUAUAAGGGGUAUUAAUCGCAUGGCUAAUUUGAAACGAGCUGAGUAUGGCAAAGUUGAUUUAGAUUAUGUUCUUGGAAUUGGAGGAUUUGAUCUUGAGAGGAUUGAGAGUGCUGUCUCUGAAAAAUCACACGAAGACCACAAGGAACAUGACCAUCAUCAUGAGCAUGAGCAUGACCACGACCAUCACCAUCAUGACCAUGACCAUGGACACGACCAUCAUGCACAUGAUCAUACCCAUGAUCCUGGUGUUUCUUCUGUGAGCAUUGUUUGUGAAGGGGAGAUGGAUCUUGAAAAGGCUGACAUGUGGUUGGGGAAUCUACUGCUGGAACACAGUGAAGAUAUAUACAGGAUGAAAGGACUGCUUUCUGUCAGUGGAAUGCCUCAACGAUUCGUGUUUCAGGGAGUGCACGACAUUUUCCAGGGAUCACCUGAGAGGAUGUGGGAGCCAAAUGAGCCACGCAUCAACAAGAUUGUCUUCAUUGGAAGGAACCUCAACAAAGAAGAGCUGGAGAAGGGCUUCAAGGAUUGCCUGCUGAAGAAAUAGACCGAGUCUAGCUUCUAUGAUUUUCCAACAUACGGGAUGGAUCUCCAGCUUCAUGAUUUUGAGCUUUGCGGCUGCAGAACUUAUCCUUGAGAAACCAAGUAUCGAACUGACGUGAAGUGUGAGAUUGUAUAGAAUGGAUAGCUUCAUUGCAACCCUGCAUCCUUCUACAACAACACAACAGCAGUGCAGUAGCCAUUUAUAUCACAGUAUCAUUGCACCUUCAUCUCAGUGCACGGUGUUGAACUGUAACCUCUAGAUCUAGAGAUAGAUUAAGACUUUCAGUGUGGCCCGAGGAAAUCGCAUAAGCGCAUUUGCGAUACUUCAUGGAAUAUUACUAAUGUACUAUGUAUUAUUAACUGGGAGGUGUUCAAAUUUAAAGCAUCUUUACCUCUGUUCUGAUUGGGAAGAUAAAUACUUCUACUACUUUGCCAUUGCAAUACAAUUCUGUGUAGAAUUUGUAUUCCGAGCUGGAAUCUGAUUACACAAAAAAUACCGAUCCGAUCGAACAGACUCAAAGGGUUAGAAUAGUCAGAAGCAAGAGCUAUAUAUCAAGCCCAGACUCAAGGGCGCAAUGCCUAAGCCUUUCUUCCCGGCAAAGAAAGAAACGAGCAGCAGCGGCGGAACGAGAGAGAAGCAGCAGCAGCGACGAUGGCGAGCGGCGGCAUGAAGAGGGAGAUCAGCGAGACCCAUGAUGCCCUCCGCUUCGGCAUCAACGCCGGCGUCAAGGCCGACCUCGCGCCGCCGCACCCGCUCCAGUCCACCAUCCAGUCGGAGGCCAAAUUCUGGGCGGACAAGAAGAAGUUCGGGACGGAGGCCAUCUACGGAUCCGCCUUCAACAUCCGCAAGGAUCUCGAUGCCCAAAUCCUCUCCAGGUCCUUCACUGCCCCUUUCAAUUUCCCCCGAAUAUUUUUUUGUUACCUCCAUCAAUUCUUUCGAGCUUCCAGUUUGUAGUAGGUGAUGCGAGCAUCAGAAAAGUGUAUAGUGGUUUCGAUCCUGUCUGCUGGAAUUAACCGUGGCAAUGGAAGUUUGGACGACUAUUGACUUCCUUAAACUUCUCUUACCCUCGAGUUCCGGAUGUUUUGUUCAUAUUUGCACUGGAUCAUGAUUUAUGGGCCAUCCCAUCAAUUGAGUUAGUGCAGAGGUUCCUGGUUUAUGAGUCAGGCUUGUCUACAUGGUUUUGACAUCUGACUAGAAGGCUGUUAACAUUUUAAGCAUAUAUGUGAUUCCAUUGCCCUUGUUGGGUGCUGUAUCCUUGAUGCUACUGCAGGGUUGAUUGUACAUAAAAUUAGGCUGUUUGUGUAUAAAGCAGCCAAUAGUGAAAUGGUUUAAUUUUUUUUAUUGCCGUGUGGAUGCCAUGUUUGUCAGUGUUGAAGCUCCAUCCUGCUAACAGCUUAUUAGCAAUUUUUUUACUGCAUGCUUGGCAUCGUCUAAAUUUUUUUUUCCUGUGCAUUUAAAUGCCUUAGUGUAUUAAUGUAAUGUUAUUAAAUUUAUAACAAUUUUGAGGCUUUCCGAUAGACUUAGUUUGGUACGCAGUGCUUUGACAAAUAAAACACACACGAUUCUGAUAUCACAUUUGCUUUGCUAUUUGUUUCUAAAUGGAUCAUUGGGAAUGCCUGGACCUGGACCUUUCUAUACUUAAUUAGGCAAUCAUAUUUAAACAUUUUUCUCAUCGGUGCCUUCUAACACCAAUGAUUCAUGGAGAAAAAAGGAAUGAAGCAUGAUAUAGGAGGAAACCUUUUAUUUUGUUUAUGCGGUGUCCUUCCAAUGACAUCAUGCAUAUCUUUUGUUUUUUAUCUUAAAUUUGUUUUUUGAUGAUUAGCAUGCGCUGAUGGACAUCUGUGAUGACAGGUUCCAAAGGCCCCCUGGUGCUUUACCAUCAUCUAUGCUUGGAUAUGAGGCACUGACAGGUUCCCUGGAUGAUUUUGGAUUUGAAGAUUAUCUUAACAUGCCUCAAGAUUCUGACAGUUUCCGUCAACCUGACAUGCACCAUGGAAUGGAGGUUCGACUUGGCUUGUCCAAGGGACCUAUCUGCCCUAGCUUCAUUUGAUCCAUCCAUGUAGUUCUGCAGUACGUUGUGCACCUCCGUCCAUUGCGUCGGUCAAUAGACCAUAUUAUCAUGGUGAAAAGUGAAAACCGAUGAGGCUAGCACCUGUUCAAUGUUCAGUGUCAUGUUUCAGUCAA